AUGCUGACUGUGGCUCCACUAUUAUGCCUCAUCGGCGUGUCAGGCUACGGAUUAUUUAUAUCCUACAGCAACAUCACCCGCCUCCAGAAAUACGAAGAGCGGAGCGAAAGGGCCGCCGAGUGGUCGAAUACUGCGGCAGAGAGACUGCAAAAGACGAGGACGACGCAGGGCGCUGCUGCGAUAACUGUAUUACUUUCUCUUCUCACUUCUAUGACCCUGCUUGUCCUUAGUCACGCCGAACACCACCAAAUCGUCCUCGCUAUUUCGCUUAUCAACACUGCCAUCUGCUUCGGAGCUCGUAUUCACAUGGCCAAUUUCUGGAAAGAGAAGGUGCAGCUCCCGUUCAUGGAAGCCUAUAACGAGGCUAUUCGAGGCUCCAACCAGUCAGUCAGCGUAUUGACCAUGUUGGGGUGGGGGUGGGUAGUUACAGGGCUUAUUGGAUGGCUCGCUGGGUAG